UCUCAACCCUCUUCACUGGCCACCAUUGCGUUCCAGCCCCCUCGGACCCGGUGCUGAGAUCUUUUCUUGCGUGUUUCUUUGGUUACAAUAGUGUUAUUCAUCUCCUUACCCCGUCUUACUCUCUCCUUGGUUGCUGCUGUUGUGGAUGCUGUGUUGCCGCCGGACCCAUCUUGGGAGAAACCACGCGAGACCCAACCGUCUGCCCAGACCGUUCGUGACCUAGGCCCUAUUGCAAUUUUCUAGGCCGUUUUACGACCCUCGGCCAAACGCCCCCCUUUUUAUAUCCUAUAUCCGCGCAUUGUCGAAGGGUUCCCUAUGCUGGUUGGAACUCUCCACCUGUUUCCGAGUUGCCUGUGUGUCUCGCGUAGUCGUGACAGAUUCUUCUGAGCAGGAGUAGCCCACCUAGUCAGUUACGAUUGACGUAUUCGAGCGACAACUGUGCGUCCGGAGCCACUGCCGUUUCCAUGACAGCUGUGGCAUCACCACCAAGUGUGCAAUCUGGGCCUCGUCUGGGAUGGCAUCCUGCUGUUGACGGUGGUCAAGGAGCGCUUACCCCUUCGAGCUCAGACGAGGGACUACGAAUGUUCAUACCGCGAAAAAGUGUGCAACGAACAAACUCGUCCUCAUCUUUGAAUUCAAACUCGUCUACAUCAUCUACAAUAACCGUGAAUUCGCCACACAGUAAUGCUAGCUACACAUCCAACGAGUCGGGAACUGCGACGUCUAAGAAAAAGUCAUACAAAUAUAGUUGGUCCAACUCCAAGGCUGAACCAGUGUCCGGGGUGACGAAUGCGAGAUCUCUGCCUGUUUCCGUACCCUCCUCUGGAACCACCGCAUCCUCCGCCAUGUCUGCUCUUCAUCAACCCACCCCCGUUGUGCCGUCUCAGCAUGCCCUCCAAAACCAGCAACAAAAUGGCACCCGGCUCACAAAUGGAUCCCUACCUAGCGACCCCCCGGCAAUCUUGACUUUAUUGCCAGUAAAUGGGACGUUUGAAAGAAAACAGAUAACUGUUCCGUAUUUCCCUGAAGUGCUUCGCGUUGGGAGACAAACCAACGCCAAAACAGUUCCUACGCCAGUAAAUGGUUAUUUUGAUUCAAAAGUACUCUCUCGACAGCAUGCGGAAAUCUGGGCCGACCGGGCAGGGAAAAUUUGGAUAAGAGAUGUGAAAUCAUCCAAUGGAACGUUCGUCAAUGGGCAACGUUUAUCCCCAGAGAACCGUGAUUCUGAGCCACAUGAACUUCGAGAACAUGACACGCUUGAGCUUGGGAUUGAUAUCGUGAGUGAAGACCAGAAAUCAAUUGUCCAUCAUAAAGUUUCGGCCAAAGUGGAGCAUGCUGGAAUUUAUGGCCCGAACAUGAAUAUCUUGGAUUUGAACUUUGGCGACAUUGACCCAACUGCUGGCGGUGGACUUCUACCCUCGCACCUCAGCCAACCUCUCUCACACAUGCGCGGUAGACCUGGGAGCGCCGCAUCCAAUCGUAGCAACCACAGCGCGGCUGGGAAUCAUAUGGGCAUGUUGCACCAACAGAGACAAAUGAACUACUGGCUCUCCCCUAUCUCGAUCGAGCAGGUGGUAAAAAGGCUAUCGUCUGAAAUGAAACAAGCAAAACAACAAGCUCACGAUCUCAACCAAACCAACAACUUUCUUAGUCAUUUGGUCUCCCAUGAGAUCUUAGAAAAGGAGCGGGCGAAACUGUCCCCCGUUGAGAGCCACGGUGGUGGGCGCUUGGUAAACGGGCGCCCCAAGAUGUCAAAAGUGGACCAGAUAUCCAGAUUUUCAGACCCACCAGCACCACCACCACAACAACCUUUACCUGAGAAGCCUGACGCUCCACAUCGUAGUAUAACUGAUUCCAUGCCACAACCGAAUUUGAAACGAUCUGGCACGGAGAAACCCAAAGCUCCCAUUCACCCGCCAGUAAAUCGAGAAUCAAGUCAGAUUCUGUCGCUAAUAGAAGCGCUCGCCACAGCUAAGAAAGACCUUGAUUUGCAGGGUGCUCGAGUCAAGGAACUAGAAAAUCUACUUCUGGCGGAGCGGGCAGCUAGAGAACAUGCUGAAGAACGAGCACGAAGCCUGGAGGGAGGUGCUGCUGACCGGGGAGAAAAUUCGGAAUUAGAGGCAGUCUGUCAACCGCCUGCCACAUCAGAAAACGACACCACUGGGGUUGAAGAGGUAACUGUUCUCGAACCUUCAAAACCGGAAGAAUCGAAGCCCGCUGUUGAUUCCCCGCUACCCGAGCCCAGCAAAAUACCACCUGAUGCAAUUUCUGAACAGCUCCAGCAGCGCAUCGAUUGCAUGAUCGCUGAGAUGGACGAAAUGAAGAAAGAAGUGGCCAAAUAUAAACAGUCUGCCGAGAAAGCCGAAAACGAGGCUUCCGAGACCCGUAAAACACUCGCUGAAAUGAUCGAACAGAUCCGAAGUACGCGCACCGAAGUUCCCCCAAAUUCGUCACCGGAAGCCAUCAAAAUCGAGUUGGAUAAUAGUGAAACUGAAGCUGAUACCCUGGUCAAUAUUUUUAAUGAGAGGCUUGGUCAAACCAAUUUGCCACACGACGCUAGCUCAAAGUCCCGCCCACUCGAUCAAGCAAGUAAAGAGGUAUAUGGAGCUUAUGUGAAGCAACGUCACAGAAACAUGCUGGAUCACACUGCUCCGUACGCCUCAAUGCUUGGUGUGGUCCUUCUAGGUGUGGGAAUUAUGGCAUAUUUAAACGGCUGGCAGAGAGGGGAUAAAUGACAACCUCGCCACCGAUUACUUCUUUCUCCCCGUCUCCGUCCUAUUUAUUCCCUGCAGCUGGACACUGAAUUGUUAGGAUAGGCGGUAUUCUUAAAUCCGACCGUGGCGUGUGUAGCACGGCCGUCUUCGUUACUUUUUUUGAGCCCAUUUCUUUCCUAUUCUCUUUCUUAUUUUACCCUUCUCUCAAUUUGUAGGGUUGGUUCUUGCAAGCAGGUCUGGCGGUUCAUUCAAACUCGGUUUGGAGUUAAAUUUCUAUGCUCCUUUUCUGUUCCACUACUGAUUCACCUUUCUGUUUUACUUCAAGCUUUUAUUUUACAAACAUUAAUAUAGCCUACACCAAUCAUGUAUACUUGGUAUGUCGGGCGAUGAUGAUGAACCCGUCUCCUCUUGAACAGCUCAGGAGUUGACUGAUUAAACCUAUUUUCACUUCUCAGGAACAAGUUAUAUAUAUUGAUUUUGUUCUCCUUGUUAUUACUUUGAUUUUCUUUUGUCAGUUACCCUGUCAAAUCUGCGAGAAUAGCCUCUCUUACUGUCUUUUGUUGCAUCCCCUCAUUGAUGUUUUUCUAUGUACAUGGUUUGUCCUUAGCAUGCACCAAAGCCAUCCUCCUCUUUUUCUUUUUCUUUUUCUUUUUAUUAUUUUGGUUGUUUAU